CACAAAUUUCUACUCCCGCUGAGAACGUCACUUCGUUCCUGGGAGGAAGUACCCAACCGUCAAGCCAGAUUCCUACCCCCAUUAUCACCAUUCCACCACCUAUCCCAUUCACUUCCCCCAUGAACUCUGUUCCUGUUUUUCCUCCAAAUUUCCCCGGGCCCAUGGAUCCGAUGUAUUCCCAGGCUCUUCAAAAUUUUGGGCAGUUCAUGUCCAUGUUUCAACAGUCGAGGGGAUUUUCGCCUUUCAUUCCGGGAAUGUAUCCAAAAUCCUUGCCUCAAACUAGCAUCAUUCGCCCGGUCAUCCCGACGAACCUAAUCGGGGAAAUGGAUAAAGCUGGUCCAUCCCGAUCUAGAAGAAGCCGGUCCCGUAGGUCACAGACGAAAGUGACCUCGAACGGGGAUGUGCGCUCGGUCCAUAGCAAAGAUGAGGACUGGGAUGUUCCCCAAGCGCUCAAAAAGUUGAAGGGAAAAGUUGUUCAACCUGAAGGGUCCAGGAGGUCAGCCUUUCAAAGACUUGGCCACGAUGGCCGAAAUCAAAACCGGCCUGCCAAAGAACGACUAGGAGUGGAAACAACCCCGUUGAGUGCUUUUGAUCGCCUGAGUAGAGGGGCCGAGCGACCUGGUCGGACCAGGCGCACGGAACCUCCCCAUCGCGAAGAGCCCCAACAUAGUCGGGCGCCCCAUGGAGAAGAAGAAGCGGAAAGCCAUCCUAGGCACACGAUCCGCUCCCAUGUUGAACAACCUCGGGAUCGUGUGGGCCGGGUCGAAGCACACCGGGUUCACGAGACCCCAUUUCCAAAGAAAGCAAAGUUGGAGGUCCCGAAGUUUACCGGGAAGGAGGACCCGGAAAUACAUGUCAAAACCCUUCAUCAAAGUGGAAGGAUGAUGGGCCUUUCCGGGGACGAAAAAUGUUUACUUUUCUUUCAGACCCUCCGCGGCCGGGCCGCUGAGUGGUUUCACAACCUCCCGGCCGGUGAGAUCGAUUCAUUUGAUGAACUGGCCGAGGUGUUCCAGGAAAAAUUCAAAGAGAACUGUACAAAGAGGAAAAAGUUUACCUACUUGAGUACAGCCAGGCAGCAAGAACACGAGGAUUUGACGAAAUUCCUCACCCGGUGGAAGGAUGAAGUUGACAAGGUGGAGGAGAUGGACGACAAAAUAGCCAUGUCCCUCCUUGUGUCCGGGCUCCGGUCCGGUGAACUAUACAAAGAAUUCUGCAGGAGGCCUCCCCAAUCCUACCAGGAGGCCUACAACACAGCCUGGGAAUAUGCUGACGCCGAAGCACAGGUGUCAUCCAAAAGGAAGGCCGAGCAGGGCCAUUCCAAAGGAAAAUAUUCCUUGAAGAAGGAAAUUGAUCUGCCUGGUAGGGCGAAGGCUGAAGUCAUGGAGGUUAAGCCGAUCAAAUCAGAGAAGAACCCGACCGGCGAGAAGCAAUGGACGGAGAAGUAUUGCUCCUUCCACAAAACUGAUUCCCAUAACACUGCGGAGUGUAACAGUGUGAAGGGAGUGAUUAAGCAGAUGAUCGAGGCCGGGGAGAUCGAUCCUGAGUAUCUGGCUCAGGCCAAGCAAAAGAAGAGCCAAUGGAUCAGGCCUGAGGGACAACUGGCCGAGCAAAAUAAAAAGAAGAAAGCAGCCGGUAAGGAGCAUUUGCAGGUCAUCUACGGCGGACCGGAAGGGGGAGACUCGGCUUCCCAAAGGAAGAAAUGGGGGCGAGAGCUCUACGUCGGGACGGUGGCCCUAAAUCCCCGGUCAAAACAAGCGAGACGGGAACCGAUCACUUUUACUGACCGAGACCUUCCCGCCACCGGAGAAGAUCACAAUGACCCCCUGGUCAUAACCAUGGACAUGGGUGGAGUCGAUGUCUCCCAGACUCCCCUGUCCGGGUUUACCAGGGACUUAGUCGAAGCUGAAGGGUCGAUCCUUUUAACUUGUGAAUUGGGCACAGGCGAACAGGUAGUCCAAAAACAAAUGAGGUUUGUGGUGGUGAACAUCAAAUGUGUGCACAAUGCCAUUUUGGGCCGGCCUGGGAUAAACAAGGUCCGUGGGGUCAUCUCCAUGGCCCAUCUCUGUAUGAAGUUCUAUACCCCGGGCGGUAUAGGACAAGUGAGAGGAGAUCAAAAGAAGGCCCGGCAUUUCUAUUUGGAAGCUGUAAAGAAAAUGACGAAGGCUUUUGAGAGAGUCACUUUGGUCUCUCAGGAGGAAGACCGGUCAAAGCUAGAGCCGGGUGAUGAAACCGAGCAGAUCGUUCUCCGGGAAGCCUUCCCGGAAAGGAUGGUGCGAAUAGGCAGGGAUCUGCCCAGAGGACUUCGAGAGGAAAUCAUCUCGGUCCUUCGGGAAUACGCAGAUAUUUUCGCUUGGAGUGUGGCGGACAUGCCGGGCAUAGACCGUUCUGUCAUAUGCCAUCGUUUGGUUGUGAUGGAAGGGAGCCGGCCUGUGAAACAGAAGAAGAGGCACUUGGCGAACGUCCGGAGGGGCUUUGUGAAGAAAGAGAGGUACGAACUCAUGGAGUAUCUAGAGACCGGUCAGAAACCAGAUGAUGAGGAACGAGCCAGGAAAGUGGUCCUGCGGGCUCCUCGUUUUCAGGUAAUCGAUGGUCACUUGUACAAACGUGCCAUCGGUGGACCUCUCCUACGUUGCCUUACCAACCCGGAGGCUGAACGGGUAACAGCUGAGGUGCAUGAGGGAGUUUGUGCAGCCCAUCAAAUGUCCCGCACUUUGACUCAAAGGAUAAUAUUGCUUGGCUACUACUGGCCGACCAUUGUUGGGGAUUGUGAGCGGUAUGUCCAGAGAUGUAGGACGUGCCAGGUUAUUUACAAACAUCCCGGCAGGCCGGCCACAUAUUACCAACUAACGUCUAAUGUCAUACCAUUUGCCCGGUUUGGGAUUGACAUUAUUGGAGCCUUCUCGGUCGCCCAAGGCAGAAAGAAGUUCGUGAUGGUGGCUAUUGAUUACUUCACUAAAUGGAUCAAGGCUGAGGCGAUGGCUACCAUAACCUUUCGCAACCCCCAGUUCACUGCAUACCUUGGUAGCUUCGGGAUCAAGCAUAGCAACGCAUCGGUAGCAUAUCCACAAGGAAAUGGCCAAGUCGAAAAUGCUAACCAGACAAUAGUGGACGGGCUGAAAAAGAGAUUGGGUGAGGAAGGACACAAGUGGUUGGAAGCCUUGCCUCAUACGGUCUCGGCGCAAAGAGUGACUUCAAGGAGAGCAACUGGAGAGACUCCUUUCAUGCUCACUUACGGAUGUGAAGCCUCACUACCAGUAGAGGCAGAAAUUCCAACAUUUAGAGAAACCGUGUACCAGCCCGGUCAGAAUGAAGUCGGCCACCUAGCUGAAUUGAAUCUGGUGGAAGAACGAAGGACCAUAGCCGCUGUCAAGAUGGCCGGUUACCAGCAGUCAGUAAAGAGGUAUCAUGAUAACCAGGUGGGCCCACGAUGUUUCCAAGUGCAUGAUGAAGUCUUACGCGGAAGGGAUGCUAGUAAGCCUAAUGAGAGAGGCAAGCUAGUACGAAACUAGGAGGGACCCUAUCGCAUAAAGGCUAUCAUCAAGCCGGGCACUUACCAACUGGAGACUAUGGAAGGUGGCCGGGUUGACCGACAUUGGAACUCUCAUCACUUACGUAAAUUCUUUAGAUAAAGUGUAAUGAGUUCCCUAGACGUUAAUAAAACUUUGUUCUUUUU